UUUGUUCUCAGCUGUUGCUCGAAAGAGACAAAUCAAGGAAGCCCCUGUACAAAAGGGUUCUGGGACCUCGAGGAAUACCAGGGCGAGUGGGAGUGAUUCUGUCACCACUAGCAAAAAACCUACGAGCUCGAAACCUCCAGCACAUUCGAAAUGAAAAGCUCCUCCAACAGCCGACUCAGACGAUGAAGAUAAACCUCCUCCUCGCACCAGACAAACGAUAAAGAAAAGACAAAAAGUUGCUACCCCUUCAGCCAAAGGAAAGGGAUCUGGGACUUCGAAGAUCACCUCUUCGAGUGACAAGGUGUCUUCCGAGGACUCACCCUUGAAGGCUGUUAGCACUAUCCCCAUUAUGGAGAGUCAUAACUCCAGUCCAGACAACAUUCCAACCAAGGAUGAUGCUGGUACCGCUACUUCUGACCUCAAAGCCUCAAGUUUACACAUUGAUCUUGACAAACUUCGAGGUGUUUCUCAACACGAAUCUCAUGUGCUUUCUCCCGUUCUCGAAGACAAUCAACCUCUUGCAACCAUCAUUCCGACUGCGUCUUCUGAAGAAAGCCAUUCAAAUGAUGAGUAUCCACCCACUCAUCAAGAUGAAACUAUGGAGGAAAAUCCGCAAUGUUCGAAUAGUGGUAACGUAGCUGGACAACCAACUGGCAGCGAAGACACUAUAUCUGAACAAGAUGCUGCAGAAGAAACUUCCAAACUGGCUACACCUGGUUCUAAUGAAAUUUCGAACCUUGGGACUACAGUCAGUCCUGUGACUACUUCGAAGCAAGCUCCUGCGAUGCCUACUCCCUCAGAACUAGAGCAACUCAAGAAGACUGAUCCUGUGAGCUUCCUCAAGACCAUGAUGAGUAUCGAUAACGCUUCGUCUCUUGGAACUUCUUCGACUGUCUUGGCAGGUACUGGUGACAAGGAUGAUAUUACUAAACUCCUUCAUCAGAUAAGAGAGAAGUUCUUUGAAACCAACCUCGUCGAAGCUCUCAGCAAGGAUUCCACCAAAUAUUAUGGCCUAAACAACCUUAUGAAGAAAGUGGAUUUACUUCUUGUUCCAGUGGAAAUCUCAGAAGUCAUUGUUUUGUUGAGUUCUCUGAUUGAACAACUCCAAUCCAAUCUCCUUCGAAAACGGGAUAUUGACGGACAACUCACAGCAAAAAUGACUUCUCACAGUUCUUCAUGGGAAGCUGCUAACGAUGCAACGAAGAGGGUUGAAACCCUUAAGCUCGAGCGUUUGAAGAACCAACGAGAAUAUGAAGAGUGUGAGACAAAUAUCAAAGCCUGGAAAAAAGAAAUUGAGCAACUCAAAGGGAAGAUAAAGGAUGCCCAGUCUCGUCAGGUGGAAAUCCAAAAAACCAAUCAAGAUGAAUUAACUGAAGUGGCGCAGUCAGGGAUUCGACACUUCGAGACGGCACAGCAGCUAGUUCCAGAGAUCGAAGAACUGAAAAGACAACGGGCAUUGAUCGAACGUCAUAUGUCCUUAUGGGAGAUCCAGUACUCGAAGAUAAAAGAUAACCUUCCCAAAGAUUUUAAAUAGUUGCUUCGAACCUUGUACUCUUUUUU